GACGGCACUGACUGGCAUCACUGCUGGGCACUGACUGGCGGCACUGACUGGCACAAUCGCUGGGCACUGACUGGUGGCACUGACUGGCAGCACUGCUGGGCUGCACUGGUAGGUGGCACUGGUGGGCAGCACUGGUGGGUGGGCACAGGUGGGUGGGCACAGGUGGGUGGCACUGGUGGGCACAGGUGGAUGGGCACAGGUGGGUGGCACUGCUGGGCACAUGUAGAGUGGCACAGGUGGGUGCACUGCUGGGCACAGGUGGGCGGAGUUAGUGGGCGCACUGCUGGGCACAGGUGGGCGGAACUUGCGGGUGGCACUGCUGGG